AUGUUCUUCCUUAAAAAUCUGGACCACCGCACAGAGCUGCAUCCGUCCUUCUUUGGGCCUUCGAUGAUCGAGUUUCUGAAUCGCAAGCUCAGAGACGACGUCGAAGGUACAUGCUCAGGGAAAUACGGUUAUAUUAUCAAAGUUGUUUCCAUUCUUGAUGUCGGGCAAGGCAAGGUCCUGCCUGGCUCGGGCUUGGCCGAGUUCCGAAGCAAGUACCAAGCGAUUGUGCUCAAACCUAUGGGUUUCUUUGCGGAGGUCGGGCCAUUGAGCAUCUUUGUGUCGUCGCACCUCCUACCUAUUGAUUAUAAGUUCCAGCCGGACGCCAACCCGCCUGAGUUUACGUCACCAACAGAUAAUCUGGUAAAAGGACGCCGCGUUCGUGUACGCAUCGUCGGUACGCGUGUGGAUGCCAAUGAAAUUUUUGCUAUUGGUACGAUGAAAGAGGACUACUUGGGCCCCUUCGACUAG